AUGCAUAGCGCCGACACACAAUUCUACAAUAAGAAUGAUUAUGAAUCUGCCCGACCAGCAUUAUUGGUAUUGCUUGACGCAUAUACAAAUGCAGAACAAAAUAAUGAUCCGGAUUUUAUGGUUAUUGGUCUUAAAAAAAGAAAUGUUGCCUAUAGCACAGAUAUAGAAAAUUUUAUGGCAUUAAAAAAAGCUUACAUAGAUAAAAAAUAUUCUAAACUAAGCAAGCGUCAAUCUCCAUCUUCGACUAUAAUGUUAACCGAUGAAGGUAAAGAUGCCGCUUAUUUUGGCCUUAUUUCAAUUGGUAAUCAAAAUUUUAAUGUAACUUACGAUACUGGAUCCUUGGAUCUUUGGGUUCCGGAUAUUUCAUGCCCUACCUCUAUAUGUGGGAGUCAUAAUCGAUUUGAUCCUUCAAAAUCUUCUACAUUUCAACCAUCUAAGAACAAUUUUUCCUUACCUUACGGUAUUCCUGGUGAUAACCAAACUGUUAGUGGUUAUGAAGGUCAAGAUACUGUCAAACUUGGUGAUAUCUCAGUCACACAACAGACCGUUGGAUUAGCAGUAAUUAAUCCUUUUCAAGAUCAAAUAGAAGACGGAAUUCUUGGUCUUGGGCCUGUAAAUGUAGAAGGAUUUAAAGUGAAUGGUGUUAUGCAAUCGAUAAAAGAGCAACAUAAAUUAUCUAAAAAUAUCAUUGGAUUUCAUUUGGCAAAAGAAAGAAAAGAUUCAAGGGACGUAAGCUUUAUGACACUUGGUGGUGUUAACCAAAAAGCUGUCGUAGGUUCAAUUGAAUAUAAUACUGCAAAUGUUACUCUUGGGUAUUGGUUGAUCGCAUUAAAAGAUGUUAAGGUUGAUGGAAAUUCACUUGGUUUCAGGUCGUCAGCAUUUUCAGCUGUUAUUGAUACUGGUACUUCGUUAAUAUACGGUGUUCCUGCUAUAGUUGAUUUACUUCAUGCCAACAUUCCCGGCGCUAUGUUUUAUCAACAACAGUUUUGGGUUGUUCCAUGCGGUACAAAAUCUGUAGUUUCAUUUACAUUUGAAAGCGGUUCAUAUUCAAUCGAUCCUAGUGAACUUGUUGUGAAAACUAAUCAAUCAGAUGAAAUAUGUAUUUCAGGUAUACAACGAAAUACCGCAAACUUUUGGUUAAUUGGUGAUGUGUUUUUGACAAAUGUUUUUAGUGUAUUUGAUUUUGAUAAUUAUCAAGUUGGAUUUGCUCAAACAACUGUAAUGUAUGAUUUAAAUACUAGUGGUAGUGCAAAG